AUGGCUGAUUUUCCAUCAUCGAGUCUACUGAGUAGGGAAAGUUCCCCUAGCGAUCUUCAAGGGCACGCUUGCCUCAUUUCUACCCAGACGCUAUAUGAAACAGGUGUUUAUCCGGUGAAUCAGGACAGUGAGACGACUUCCCGCGAUGACUCUUUGAAUCUUGAAGGAGAAAAUGAUAGACAGCCUGUUGACAAGGAUGGGCAAGAACGAGUUCCCGUGAGAAAGAAUUAUGAAAAUGCCGCGGCGAACUAUCCGUUCCUUACCGCAGAGUUCUACCGCAAGCACUGCCGACGUAUUUCGGGGGGUAAUGGUUGUGUUUCGGAAGGAUCCAUGAACCGGAGGCUCAAUGAAAUGUCGGAAAACCGAUUUUCAACUGAAAUUAACAAAAGUCUGGAGUCCUUCCGUCGCAGGUUUAAAAGGUCGUUAAUCCUUGGAUCAUCGUGCAGCGUCAGUGAGAGCCUUUCCAGGCUUUCAGAUUUUGACGACAUACCGGAGUCUAUGUAG